AUGAAGUCCCCGAAAACAAGGUCGGCUGCCAACAACACCGGCCCCCGCCAGGUGCGCUUCAAGAACGACAACAGUAGCCACAGUACCUCCUACCAAAUCACCCAGGAAACCGACACCUCGACCGCUCCUGCCUUCAGUGGCACCGUGGACGAGCCCGGUGAAGACAUCGGUGUUUUUAUCCACACUUCAACUAACCCCUCCGCCUCAGUCAAUUUUGACCACAACGUCCCUGCUGCCACUCCUCACUUCGGUCAGGCGCCUCACCCGCACAUCAACCCGUUCAUUCCCCACAACUCGGUCCAUCACGGCUUCGUCGGCGAAACAAACGCCUUUGCACCUUUCAGCAAAUACAACCCGUACGGCCUCCAGGCUCCUCAACACGUCAACAUGGCCGACUACCAGAAUGUCGCCCCUCCUGCUGGUGGACUUCACUUCCAGCCGCCUGUCCCAGACACCACCCACGGCGUCAUGCAGCACAUCUACGUGCCUCGCUUUGACAACGGCAUGCCUCCCGGCGCUGUUUAUCAUCCUGCCAACAAUGUCACGUAUAUUGGCCAGGCUCCUUCGAACCCCCACUUCGUCAUGGCCCAGCAGCCAGUCAUGCAGCCCGGUAUAGCUAUUCCAAGCCAGCCCAUCAUGCUCCAGGCUCCCUCUGUUGCCAUGAACGCUCCCUCCAUGUUCCAGGGUGCUCCCCCCAUGGGUAUGCAGAUACCGGGCGGCUGUGGUGUCCCGGUCUUUGCAGGUAAUGCUCACCUUCCUCCCGAUGUCACCGGAUUCGGCAGAACCGCUGGCGAGAUUGCUUUGGAGCAAGCUCAGUUCGCCCAUGCGAACGGUCUUUUUGAGCCCCAAGACUUCAAACCCGCUGAUGACGACCCGUCCCGUUACUAUCCUGUUCGAGAGGUUGACGGUAACUGGACCCAGCGCAAUCGUUUCACUAUUGACAACCUUGGCGACUGCCGCUGGUACAUCACCAACGAGGGAUAUUUCUACGCCGUCCGUCUGCCCAAUUAG